AUGAGCACCACUCUAAACAAAGUUGUUGUUCCUGAUGAUAACUCCUCUUCCAAGCAUCUCCAUCAUCAUUCGGGUUCAUCAUCUUCUUCUCCUUUAAACAAGAUAAAAGCUUCAUAUGCUGAUUUAGUUGUGUUGGGAUCUGUUGGAAAUUCUUCCGAAGACGAAUCGUUUUCAAAGAAUAGUCAUCCCAUUGUUAAUCAACCUACUGAAAAACCAUCAGUUAUAGCUUUGGAAGGAGAACAAUUGUUACACUCUCUUUCAAAGCUCAGUACAACAAAACAAAAACCACAUACCAUUGAGGAACAUACUGAAUCAGUUUGUGUUUGUUCCGAACCUAUAUGGUCUCAACUCAAAUCUGACGUUUCUGUGAUUAUUGAUAAUGAUCCUGCAUUUGAUAAUUAUCUUGAAUUAAUACUCUAUCCUGGAUUAUGGGCAAUACUCACUUAUAGAAUAGCUCAUUUACUCUACUAUAUUAUUGACCCUCAAAAUUCGAAUAGUAAUUUUCUGCUUUUGGCUUGUAAAAUUCUUAGAUUUGUAGCCAAAUUGAUGUGUAUUAUUUCAAGAUCUUGGACUGGUAUUGAAAUUCAUCCAGGUGCAAGAAUUGGUAAGGGAUUUUUCAUUGAUCAUGGUUGUGGAGUUGUAAUUGGAGAAACAGCAAUUCUUGGAAAUUAUUGUACUCUCUAUCAAGGAGUGACACUUGGAGGUACUGGUAAGGAAACUGGCAAACGACACCCUACUCUUGGGGAUAAUGUACUUGUUGGAGCUGGAUCAAAAGUGUUGGGAAAUAUAAUUAUUGGAUCAAAUGUUAAAAUUGGAGCUGGCUCAGUAGUUGUUAAGGAUGCCCCAAGUGAUUGCACCCUUGUUGGUAUUCCUGCAAGAUGCAUCAAGGAUAAGAAGAGUUCAACUGCAGGUUAUGCUGAUACCAACACUGGAGCCUCCUCUGAAGCUAUUGCUGAUAAUGGCACAAAACUAAUUGACAACAAUAUUGUGAAACUUGUUAAUAAUAACCAAUCAUCUGAAAAACCUAAAAAAUUGGUGGUUGAUACAACUGUGCCACCUAAUUCAGAAAGUGUUAAUGAUGAGUCUGUUCUUUCUCCUUCCUCUAUUAUUACAAUGGCUUUAAAUUCUUUAUCUAAAAAACCACAACAGCAAGGUAACAACUCCUCUACAGUCUAUCAAUAUGAUGAUAUUGAUGCUCAAGCUAUUCGUGCUCUUUACAUUAGAGAGAAGAGAUUGGAACAAGAACUCAAAUAUUUGAGAUCUAAACUUAAAUUAAUUGGCAUAGAUUCAAGUGAUGAUGAAGAACAGACAAAACCUACUUUCAACAAGCUCAGAAAAAAGAAAAAGGCCACUACCACUCAACAAACUAAGCAAGAAACCUAUACAGAAGAAAUUACUGCUGGCGUUGAUAAUGAUGAAGAAUGUUUCAGAGUUUUAUUCGAGAGCACUGGCCAAAUUGAUUUAAUUGACGGAGGAGGUAUUUAGGAUUGUACUUUCAUUAAAUGAUUGAGAAAUUGGAUCCC